AUGAAAGAGUUCUCGAAGGAGGAGAAUGUGUACUUGUCAAAAAUGGCCGAGCAGGCAGAGAGGUACGAUGAGAUGGUGGAGUUAAUGGACAAGGUUGUUGAGAUGGUGGAGGGGGGAGAGCUCGACGUCGAGGAGCGCACCCUCCUAUCCGUGGCAUAUAAAAAUGCUGUCGGCUCCCGCCGCGCCUCAUGGCGCAUCAUCUCUUCCAUCGAGCACAAGGAGGUGAAAGGCGGCAAUGAGGACCAGAUUGGCGUCGCCAAACAAUACAAGGAAAAUAUCGAGGUGGAAAUCACUAAGAUCUGUGACAGCAUCCUAAAGCUGCUGGAGUCGAACCUCAUUCCCUCUGCGACGACGGUCGAGUCUAAGGUCUUCUACCUCAAGAUGAAGGCCGACUACCUCAGGUUUGAGCGACCACAGAUUUCUUGUAAGACUCUGUUUGGAAGAGACAAACAGGUCUGAUUAUUGUCGUUCCAAACUCUCAGAUACCUGGCAGAAAUCAAGAAGGGAACCGAAAGGAAGGAGGCAGCUGAGAUUACUCUGUCGGCUUACAAGUCUGCUGAGGUGUAUUAUUUGCAUCAGUUAUCGAUAUUUGGCUUCCUUCGUAACCCUCGUUUUGGUGUCAAAUAAUUGAGAAAGCUUAACAUCCCCACCCCCUCACGCGUCACUUCUAUCUUUGUCUUAAUUGGUAUGUAGGGCACAGCUAUAGCCGGAUUGGCACCAACUCAUCCUAUCAGGCUGGGUCUUGCACUGAACAUAUCUGUGUUCUAUUAUGAGAUCCUCAAUUUACCCGAGGAUGCAUGCGAUAUUGGAAAGGAGGUACAUAUAAUUAAUUUGUUUUUAUAACUUUGUGAGAAGUUAAUUUGGAAUUUUCUCAGAACACACGUGUUCUUAUGCGACAUUAAGUGCGUUAUCGGAUUGUUAUUUGAUUAUUCAUUUAUCGAGAAUGUGUUCUCCUGUUUCUAUGAGCCUUAUCUCUGCAUUGGCCAUGUAAACAUGCUACAGAACAAGAUUGGUCCGCAAUGCUUGGCCUUCAAAUUUCUGGUAACCAGGUCCUGAUGCCCAGCGUACUUUUCUGACCUAUUCGACCUUAGAGUGACCAUAUCCUUCGCCCUUAUUCACACUUUAGAUUCUGCUUUGCGUUGAAAAUCAUCGAAAAUCGGAUGAUUUGUAAAAUUCCGUGACCACCUAUUCGGACCAGGUCUUGAUUUCUCUUCAUCACGUUCGACAUGGCCGGAAUUUAUGAAGAGCCCAACUGUAGAGUAUCCAUCUACUCGUAGAUGCUGAUGACAGUGAAGUGGGUGAAGGGAGAUUGUCUAUUUCAUUAAACAGUUGCUUACAUGUCAGAAAAAUCUCUAGGCUUUUGGAGGAUGUCAAUCCCUCACAUCACUGUCUUGCCGCUGCUCAUUCAUUCUCUAGUCUGUUUUCGGCUAUUUCAAAUCCUUCUUGUUGCAGUUAAUGCCAAAUGGGAGAACGGUUUCUCGCUAGUCAACCCUCUUUUCUUCUUUUUUUGGCAAUAGAUGGGCAAUUUUCAGUUAAGCGAGGUGAGUAGAAAUACACUGUUUGGCCGGCGCAGCCUUCCAUGCAUGUAACUGCUGUCCUCUGUGUCGUGGACGCUUUCAAUCCUCUCUCGGCAGGCACUAGUGUGCAUUAGAUAAUUGUAAAAAAAGACGAGCGAUAGCCACUCCUCUCAUCUAGUAAGCAUUAGAUCCUCUGUUUCCCCUGCUCUCAGCUCUUCAUGAGAUUUCAAAAUUAACCUCGUCUAUCUUUUGCCUAGGCCUUCGAGGCGGCUGUCCCUGCGAUGGACACCCUCGGGGAGGAGUCGUACAAGGACAGCACCUUGAUCAUGCAGCUCCUCAAGGAUAAUCUGACCCUCUGGGCGUCUGAUAUCAUGGUAGGUAACCCUCCCGCUAUUAACGUAAUAUAAUGUAUUCCCUUGUAGUUACCAACAGUUGUUCUUUGACGCUGUUUCAGGUUGACGCACGGGCUCAGGGCAGGGGCUGGUAAAUUGCGGCGCCGGCGAGUGGUAACCAGGCCUCCUCAUGCCCUUGCGAUUUGACUUACAUUCUCUCUCUCUCUGCGUCCAUGCGUCACCCCAUCAGAACUGCCCUUGCAAGCUCUCAAAUGCUUUACUAGAUGAGGACCAAUAAGCGCUCCUUAUGACUUUGACUACGAUGGGCGUGUUCUCCCUUCGUAGUCCGUCUCCACUGUCGGACAAUUAUCAUCGGAGUAAUUACUCUGCACAGAGUUCAGGAUUUCAUCUAUGACAUGUUUGACUUGCUUGCGAAUAGACCUGAGGUGGGCUUCUCUUAGGGUCAACUCUCUUGCUCAUGUCCAGCCGAGUUGAGAGCCCAUUUACGGCCUCCCGAUUCGCCUCUCCACUAUUGUGGCGCGCGUGCCAACACGCUGCUGCGCGUGCCCACGUGCAGCCAGGUUGUGCCGCCGGGCAGCUGGCGCGUGCUGGUCUACCGCCCAAACGUGGCAUUCCGUGCCGGCCGCGCGUCGCCGCAUAUCUCCUCAUCACCGUCCUAAAUCCCCCUCUGCCUGGAACCUCCGCCGCAGAAACUCGGGGCGUCGCGGAGAAAGCGACCGCGUCGAUCGACAUAAAUCCCGCAAGUCCUUAUCUCGACAGCUUCUCACAAUUUCAUUGUCCGGCUUGUCGUAUGGUUCGAGGGCACGGGAGUAGCUCCAUCCAUGGAAGAUUCUGAGGAGCAAGAGAAACCACGCAACCCCAGAGUCUCCUCUCUGCUUCCCAGCUCACACGACAAGAACCACCACAUCAUGAGAACAGCGAUUGACGUCGAGUCAAACAUUAACCCUUCGAGUAAAACCGCGUUUACCAAUGCCCUCUCCAACAACUCUCGGAGUUGACUUUUCCUCAGAUUCAUCCCAGAGCAACCUAUCCCAGUUCCAUGUCUAGAUAGAGAGAGACAGAGAGAGGCGAAAAUGUACGAGGUGUUUCCAGGGUCCGAUGGCAUGAAGAGAUAGAGACGGCCACGGGCCAGGAUAGCCCCGCUGGUGGUCGAUAUGGCAUCCAAGCCAUUACACCGAGAGAAACAUGGAAACUUCUCCAGAAUUGGUAA